GGCAUCAGUCUUUUCUAAUGGAUCCACUACACCCCCAGAUAAUCAACGGAGGCCUGUCAGUUCUCGAUCCAAGAGUACUGAUAAAUUAGCCAGCACCCCAAAUUUCAACCAAGCUGAAGAGAGGUUAAAAAAAGAGCAGAUUUGACAGACAAGUUUGAAAAGUAUCGCAUCGCACGACAGAAAGAUAUAGAUCUAAUGACCGAAAAGCAGAAGAAGGCCGAAACCAUGUACCAAGGCGCCAUCAAAGAAAAGAACUCGAUCCAGACACAACUUGUUGCCAAAGACAGCGAGAUUGCUGAUCUUACUGCACGGCAAGCCACACUCAAAGCUUCACUCGAAAGGUCAGAGAAGGCUGCAGCUGCUGUUCAUGAGAAGAUCGGCAAGGGUGCUCAUCUCCAAAAGAAGAUUGAUGAAUUGGAAAAGCAGCUUGCUCGCGUCAAACUCUUGUUAGCGGAGCAAGAGGCAUCCAAUACAGAGACACAGCAGAAAUUCGAUCUCGAACGCCAGCAAUGGCAGCAGCAAUUGACUGAGCAACGUGAAACUGCUGAGCAUGAAUCCACGCAGGCCAAUGAGCGUUACCAACAGGCUGAACAGCGUUAUCAAGAAAAGAUGAAGGCAUCAAAGGAAGACUCAGAUGGAUGGAGAAUCAGGUUUGAACAAUUAGAAAAGACGUUCAAAGAACUUGAGCAGAGAUUGCAAGAGGAGCAAAAAACUGUCCAAGAGUUGAGAGCUAGAAUGAAGAUGGAAAAGGAGCAGCUACAGGCCCAACUAGGCCACGCAACCGAGGCAAUCCAAAGAAUGGACCAAGAGCGAUUACAGACAGCGUCUGUUACAAAAGAGACCGAAGAUCGUCUUCGGCACGAAAAACAGACCAUCGAAGAUUCUCUGAACGCUUCUCAAAAUGGUUAUAAAGAGUUGUUGGCUAGACAUCAGGCAACCGAACGAAUGCUGGACGAGCAACGUGCACAGCACGCAGAAGCUGUCGAGACCAUGACCCGUGACUACAAUAAGCAGCAGCAACUGUUCACAAAGGAACGGCAGGAUCAUCUGAAGGCACGACAGGACCUUGAAAGCUCGAUUGCUCAUCUUAUCACAGAGCUGGGUCAGAACCGUAACGCCCUCCUUAAGGUCCAGCAGGAAAGAGCACGCUUGCAGAAUGAGUGCCACCAAAGCCAGUUGCAGCUGCAGGAUAUGUCUGUAUUCAUAGCUACGGUAGAGCAGCAAUACGAGGAACUGAAGGCAAUAUCCAAACAAGAACAUGAGGCCUGGGAGGCUAAAUACCAAAAACUCUCUGUAGAGGCAUUUGUACAAAAACAAGAAUCCUCAAUAGAGAUUAAAGAACUGAAGGCAUUGCUUGAACACAAGCGCGGGGAAGUAUCACAGUUAAUGAAUAGCAUUGAUGCUAUUCAAUCAGAGCUGAAACAGGUCAAGUCUCACCGUGAUGUGGUCAUUGUUCAGAGGGAUGAAGGAGAACGAAGGGCCACAGAAACAAUGAAGAAGCUCAGAGAACUGGAGCAGGAAAAUCAACACGUCUCAACGCAGCUGACAAUGUUGAACAAAGAUACGGAGACAUUGAAAGCUGAGUCUAGUGCUCUAAAGAAUGAGGUACAUGUUAAAGACCUAUCUAUCAAGUCACUAGAGGACGAUAUCGAGUUGAUAACGAGUGAGACAAGAGAACGUGAGGCACAGGAUAAGAAAAGGAUUCAGGAGUUAGAGAACAAGGUGUUAGCUGCUACUAAACAAGCCAAGAAAGCACAGAAAAAUGAGCGCGCUUGGAAGGCCAAGGAAGCAGCACUAGAUGAGGAAGUAACUACUCAAAAGGAUCGUAUUAGCUCCCUUCAGUCCCAGCUAGAAAAGUCCAAUUUUGAACGAGAGACUGAACGUAAGAUCAGCGCUGAGCGUAUCCAGGAGCUUGAAGCGCACUGCCAGGCUAUGGAAGCCGCUUUCAAGGAAACGUUUGAAAAAUCAGGAAGUACAGAGGAGAUCGGCCAGGGCGCUCCACAUGAAACAUGGAGGCAACAUUCAGGUGCUAUCAUCGGCAUUCUCGCUUACCAUACCUCAGAGUGCUCCAUCAGCAAGUCCAAAUAUGCUGAGCUGGUGGCGGAGGUGGCUGCUUCAGCGCAGUCGGCCGCUACCUUGAGCGCUUCGCUAAAUGAACAGGAGACAGUGUCCAAGAAGACACAGGCAGAUCAUUCGGUACUUCAUGACAAAAUUACUGAGCUUGAGGAUCAUAUCCGUCAUUUGAGAGCUCAGGUAGACUGUCUAGAGGCUGAAAGCAUUGGCAAAGACGCCACCAUCAAGGCCCUUCAAGAUGAGUACGAAUACCAGGAAAAGAUCAUCCGAGGUCUUUCAAAGAACGAGGACGCAGCCAACGAAAUCGCGAAACUAGAAGACGAAGUGCGGAGGAUGGCAACCCGCGCUCACGAGACGGAGGGCUGGAUCAAAGAGGUGCAAGCAGACAAUGAUAAAUAUAGGGAGGCCUAUGUGAAGGCUGACAUUUCUCGUGAAGAGACAUUGCUGGACAUGGCCAAGCUGCACGAGGAACUUGCCGAGUCUGAACAGGCACGACUUCAGAUUGAGAGCCAGCUGCAGGUUGAAGUGGCUGCUAUGAUCAAGAAGAACGCACUCACGGAAAAUGAGUUGUCAAGGCUUUCAAAGAUGAACGUGGAUUCUGCGCAGAACAUGUGGCUUAAACUGAAGAUUAAGCAAAAUGCCCAACUCAAGGAGGAGGUACUUGCAUUAAAGAAAAAGAACAUUGCUCUAUCCAACACUCGCGAUUCUCUACGCCUCAAGUGCCUGCGAGUAGAGCGUGAUCUAGAAUCCUACAAGGCUGCGCAUGGUAUAGCCGGAGGGACUGCCGUUGUUGAUGGCCCUAAUCCCCUUGGCAGGAACCCAUCUCGAAAUGGAUCUAUCUCUGAAGGAUCUUCAGUCGCCUCAUCGCCCUCUACUGUCAGCUCUAGUCCAUCCGAGCAAGUGACGAAUAAAAAAACCCAGCUACACGGUCUGAAAUCAGGUAGCACCCCUACUACAUGUACUCGGUCCCGGCCCAUUUCUUUAGGAGCGACCAGGGCGCCAAGCAAGCCUUCUGCCGCCAAUGGCGACAGCAGACCAUGCCUUCGGUCCCGAGCAGCACGAAGCAUGCAAACAGGCAAAGAAGCAUCAAGCUAAUGUAGAUUAUUUUGUCCCUAUAAUAAAACAGUUAAUGGUAU